AUGGCGCCGUCCUUUAUCUCCAUGCUCAUGGGCGCCGAUAAGCGACCCAGUCCGGCAACGACAGCAACAGUACCGACACAGCCCUCAAACGUGACACUUCCGCACCUAGUGCGGGGCCGUUCGGCUCGUGCCGAUGGGCUACAGUUCGGCCUGCCUAUGGGUGGUUUCCAGCGCACGCCGUUCGGAAACCCACAGACCGCAAUACCCCCACAGGAUAGCUCUACGACACAUUGGAAUGACCGACAAAAGGUGCAGGAUUUCUUCCGGCAUACAACUAGCAACAAUCACCACAACGAUAGCAACAAUAGCGACAGCGUUACGGAGGAUGAAAAGGCAGCACAGAUUGAUAACAAGGCGGUUGACGUCCGGGAACUCGUUUCUAAUAGCACACCGGACAGUCGGGACUCUUCCACGACGUCGUCCACAUCUUCCGAGGACAACCAGCAGGACGAAUUGCGUGGUGCAGUACGAGGGCGUGGACGAUUACAGAGCGCAUUGGAGGAUCUCCUAGCCAGACAACAGGCCGAGGAACAAAGUCACCUCGAUGAGGAACGCGUGGAGGAGUCCUCACUCAGGAAGAAGGAGCGUAGGAGAUACGAUUCCUUCGAUAUCAUGGCCGACGUGCGACUCGAAGACGAAGACCAGAUGGAUGAUCUCGACUCCGUGUACUCGACCCCUGCACGAUCACGCAACAACAGCGAGGAUUUCUUCGGUGGCGGCUUACUAGAUAUGCUCUCCCAGCGACAUAUGCCCGCAGGAGUGGACCGACACGCCAGUGUAGCAGACAUGCUGGCCAACCGUGCGCUCUCCACGCCGAACGAAGACGUCGAUGAAGAGGACGAACCGCCAGUAGCAAGACCAAAAGACAGACCCGAGUCUUCUGUACCACAGAAAAGUAUGGACAGGUCCAAUAUGUUGGCUGAGAUGCUUGCGAAGCGAACUGCCGAGUCAACGGAUAACGGCGGCCCCGUGAAGGCUCCUACCAACAGGAAUAACGCUCUAGAUGCGAUGCUGGCACAACGCUCUUCCCCUCCGACGCUGGCUUCUAGUGAGGCACCUACGCAGCCGAAAUUUAAUCCGCUGGAAGCUAUGCUAGCGACGAGAAGUGCAUCGUCGCCACCUCCACAGACAAAAGAGGAUUCCGGAGCUGCACACCCAUUGGCUGCCAUGUUGAAGCAACGCCAAGUGACCCAAGUAUUACCAGCUGAGACGAUGUCCCCAGCUACACCAUCUGAUGAUAACGGCAGCUCGUCAAAGGACCAGACUCCACUGAAGGACCAUCCGACGUACCAAAAGUACUUCACGAUGCUCAAAGUGGGGCUCCCACCUCCUGUCGUCAAGCACAAAAUGCAGAGCGAGAACGUGGACCCUUCCGUCUUAGAUAUGGACCCAAAUAAACCGCUUCCAGAGGCUCCUGCACCCGUUUUAGACGACGAAGCUGAGGCCGCAUACCAGACGCAGUUGAAGGAAUACGAAGCGAAACACGGCAAGUAUUUGCAGAUGGUCAAGGUGGGUCUACCUCCUGCUGUUGUGGAGCACAAGAUGCGUAUGGACGGAGUGGACCCCGCCUGGUUGCAGGGACCUCCGAAGCGACCGGAGCCGAAGCCUGCAGCCACGUCCGAAGUCACAGAUGAGGAAAGAAUCGCUCAUCGCAAGAAAUACCACAAGUAUUUCCAAAUGCUUCGUCUAGGUUUGCCUCGUGGUGCAGUGGAGCAGAAGAUGCGGAUGGCUGGACUGGACCCGGCAGAGCUGAACGGACCUCGAGCUGCGGCGGCUCCUGCUGAGCAGCCGAAGAAGGCGUUGAAACGCAAGGAUUCGAUCCGUAAGAAGCUGCAUUGGGAGGGGAAAAGGACGCGUGCACGUCGUGACAGUCUGUGGGGCGGUGACACAGUGGAGGAGGCGAAGGAGCAGGUCCAGAUCUCAGAGGAGAGUCGUGCAAUGCUCGAGAAGUUAUUUGUCAAGGAUCUAACAGAGAGCAAGAAGCGCAAUGCCUCGACCAAGUCUGAAGGAGCUGCUGCUGCGAAGAAGAAGAAGGCGAUGGUGCAGCUGAUCGAUAUGAAGAAGUCGCAGAACAUUGCCAUCACUCUUGCGCGUGUCAAGCUGUCGUUCCCCCAGCUCAAGCGCGAGAUUUUGGCCAUGAACACGACGGUGUUGUCUCCUUCUCAAGUUCGGUCGCUCAUGGACAUGUGGCCGGACAGGAAGGAGAUGGAAGCCGUCAAUGCCUUCCAAGGCGACGUGGCAAGUAUCGGCACUGCCGAGCAGUUUCUAGUGGAAGUGCGCAACGUGCCUCGCUUCCAGGAGAAACUGGGAUGUCUCGUCUUCAAGCAGGAAUUCCCCUCGCGCGUGCAAGAACUCCGCGAGUCGGUGGACCUCGUGGCACGAGGAGUGUACCAGAUCGGCAAUCUGCUCAACUUCGGCGGCGACGACGAGCAGCAGGGCGUCGACGCCUUCUCGUUGGGCUCUUUGGUCAAGUUUUCGCAGACGAAGGCUUUUGUGGGCGGCAUCACCUUUUUGCAGUACGUGGUGCAGUCGAUCGAGCGAGAUGUGCCUCAUCUAGCGCACUUUUACAAGGACAUCGACCUAGUCCCCAGGUGCAGCAAGGUGGCGUAUGCCUCGCUCGCGUCGGAGAAGAACGGAUUGGAGACGGGUCUACAGAAACUGGUUCGCGAGGCGGAGGCCUGUGUGCCGACGUCGGAUGCAAGGCAAGAGGACAAGGAGACGACGAGAGCGUACAAUGAAGCGUUGAUGGUGUUCUGCAAGCAGGCCAAGACGGAGCUGUAUGCGCUGCAGAAUCUGCUGGACAAGCUGAACGCGGCGAAAGCUCAUUUUCUCGAGUAUUUCGAGGAAGAAGAUACCGAGGAAGAACUGGACGUGCUGCUCUCACAUAUUGCAAACUUCACGAGUGAAUAUCGUCGCGAACACGGCAAAUAUCUAGCCAAGAUGAAGAAGGAGAUGAUGAGUCUUUACUCCAAGAUGUCGCCGGCUAAGAACCCGGUGAAGGUGGAGCCAAAGACACCGAACGGCAAGAUGCAUCACGGCGCUAAGCUCCAACAAGGUCACCAUGGACAUCAGCCCCAUAGCAAGGCCGCACACCCUCAUCGGACCUCGUUGCCGCCUCAGAUCAACCACCCGCAGCCGAUACGUCAGAUCCAUCACGCGCGGGUGCUCCACUUGGAGGUGCCGCAAGACGACGACAUGGACGAUGUUUCGUCCGCUGCGUCCAUGUCGCCCAAGACCAGUGCCGUCCUGUCUGGAGGCAGGUCGUAA